AUGAAGGUUGAACUGACGUUCUGCCACGUUCUGUGCCUGCCUCAUUCUGGCCCGACGCCCGAAUCCGGAACAGAUACAUUGGCAUAUUUUUGCUCUUGCUGUCCCUUCUGUAUGCACAAAUCUAAUCUAACGGUCACGGCUAACUCUCUCUGGGAGCCUAGCUUCUGCCUCGUGGAGAACUAGCGUAAGUUGUAUCUCUCAUAUGCUGCCGUAUGGACGGGUAACUGGGUCUGUGACCGUGUGCUAUUCGUCACCAAAGUCUGCCGCUCCGUCUCACCUCAUUCGUCCCGACCGGGCCAGCCCAUCCUCGAGGUUGUAGCUGGAGCUAGAAAAGUCUAG